ACGUUUGAUUUUUGGUUUAGAUUGUUGUGUCAUUGACCUUGGGAAUUCUAAGUGUUUGGAUUUGUCUUUUGAGCUUUCUUUUGCGUACCCUGCACAUCUUUCGUGUAUAAAGGCUGUUUCUAUUAGUCAGGAUUCCUCUUUCUUGGCUUCAGGUGGCACUGACGAGAACAUAAGACUGUACAACUUGAAAGAAAAAAAAGAACUUGGAGAACUUUUUCGGCAUGGAGGGAGCAUUUCUACCCUAUUUUUUUAUAGAAAUUCUCAUCUGCUCAGCGGUUCUCAUGAUGGGAUAAUAUCUUUGUGGAGAACUAAUGAUUGGGAGUGCCUUCAUGAUUUAAAAGGUCAUAAGGGAAAAGUUAACCAGCUUGCUGUCCAUCCGAGCGGAAGGCUUGCCUUAUCUGUUAGUGAUGAUAAAACCAUGCGAACCUGGAAUUUAUUGACGGGCCGCUGCGCUUACAUCACCAGAAUGCCUUUUGAGAUUGUUCAUGUCCGCUGGAAUCAAAGUGGAGAUUUGUACGCACUUGCUAUGAAAAAUAUUCUCAAUAUUUAUGCUUUGGAGAAUUCUAAACUCUUGCAUAGCGUCCAUUUCGAUCAAAGCAUCAAUACUUUCGAUUUUCUUUCCGACACAUUCAUAUGCGUAGGGACGCAGGGAAAAGACAUUGAAGUAAUUCAUAUUGAAAGUGGGCAAAAACAUGCGAUUAUCAGGGGACACACCAGUCGCGUUAAAGCGCUGAAAGUUAUAACGAGUCCACUAUUAGAAGAGCAUUUCUUUGUGAUUUCUGCCUCGUCGGACGGUUUUAUAAAGUUGUGGAACGUUGGAAAGCACAUCAAAAGCGGAUCUACAAUUGAAUCUUGCGUUGCAGAAUUUGAUAGUAAAAGCCGCUUGACCUGCUUGGACGCCGUCUCUACUGUGUGGCAAAUAAAUGAAUUAGAAACAGUAUUGCCUUUGAAAAAAGAAUUGCGCAAGCUCAGGAAAAAAAAUAAACAAGGCAAUAAAGUUUUAAAAAGGGUUUCCGCAAGAAGAAAUCGUUUGGCUUUAUUAAAAAAGGCUAUGAAAGGUUAGGGUUAGGGUAUAUAAACUUGAGAAAAAAGCUUUCUUACUGCACCCUC